AUGAGCCUUUUGGAGAUUAAGUAUGUCCCGCGGCCUCCGGCAAUUGGACAGGGGUGCAAUCUGGAUUCCAUGAUUCUGCCGGAGGCCGAGGAGGUGCCCCACUUGCGCGAGUUGGACUUUUGCGUGAACGCGGACUUCGUGCACAUAGAGAACAAGUACGGCACCUUCAUCUGCGAGCCGCACCUCUCCUUCCCCAACCAAGUCUUCCCCUCCAACCCCUCAGACGCCCCUCCAGGGAGCUACAGGCAGAAUGGAGGGGAGGAGGAACCCGAGGACCCCUAUGUCGGGGAUAGGUCGAUGGACGAGCACUACGGGGGGUCGACCAUAAUGGCGUACGAUCCGCUCUUCAACUGGGACUCGGAGCGUGCUGCUGUCAUCGGCCACCGCCUGCCCAUCCGCCCCAUCACCUCGCCCUCCGUGGGCACGCGUUUCUCAGUGCGCAUCCUGGGCCUGACAGUGCAGGCAGGGCUGGUAGAACCAGUGAGCGGCACCAUGUGCCUGUACCACGCCGAGCGCCGUGAGAAGGCCUCCGAGGACUUCCACUUCCAGUUCCUGCCGGCGCAGUGGGAGGGUGAGAGCACGUCGCCCGACACAAGAGCCAUUUUCUCGGUGGACAAGGAGUCGGCGGCGCUGUGCCUGCUGGUGCAGCUCGACAAGGCUGCGAGUGAAGAGAGUGUCAAUGGCAUCAAGCCGGCUGUUUACACCCGCAAGGACCCCCCCACCCUGACAGACAAGGAGGCAGCGCGCCUGUCAGAGUGGGCACAAGUGAUGCCCUUCCGAGAGCCCCUCGCGUGGAUCACCAUCCCGCUCUUCGACUCCUCCGUCACCGGCGGCGUGGGGGGCUUCGGGGCCUCAGGAGGGGGCAGCUCAGGGGGAGGCUCGUCAGGGAGCCUGGGGGGAGGCGGGGGCGUGCUGGGGGUGGAAGGCGGGGGGAUGGGGGGAGGCGCGGGGUCGAGUCCAGUGGUGGAUAGCAAUGGGGUGCGCGUGCCGGCUUAUGAACUGGGGGGGCCACCAGUGCAGAUUGACAUUCCCACGUUGAAUCGCGCCAAGGAGUGUUAUACUGAUGACCAACUGCUGGACCCCAAGAAGAAGGCGCAGAAGCCAGUGCGCGUCUCCAUGCACUUCGAGGUGGAGAGGCUUCCCGGGGGGGCGGCAGGGGGGGCAGCAGCGGGAGGCAGUGUGACGCCGCGGUCCCUCAGCAGCAGCGCCUCUCAGAGGGAAAUGAACCGGGCGCGGUCGCAGGACUCUAUGACUUCAGACAUGGACGAUGUCAACAUGGUACCCAGGAGCCUCUCCGUCUCCAGAUUCCUUACAGGGUUCCAGGCGAUAGACUUCACGGACAUGGUGAGGGCGGAGCCGUUCACGCGCCUCGUGCAUCUGCUCUUCGUGUAUCCCCAGCAAGUCGCGCUGCCCAAGAAGCUCAAUCUCUUCGUGCGCACCGAGCUGCGCGCCGACGACCUCGACAUCCAACGCCCCUCAAUGGAGGCCAUCUUCCCCAAGGAGCGUAAUGGCCCCAUGCUGCGCACAGCGUCAACUCAAGUGGUGCAGGGCGCACGACCGGCUCUCUUCCAUGACGAGGUCAAGAUGCAGCUGCCCGCCUCUGUGUCGCCCGCACACCAUCUGCUCUUCACCUUCUUCCAUAUCGACCUCUCCCUGCGCUCCGAACGGCCCAAGCCGGUGGCGGUUGGUUAUGCAGUCAUGCCUCUUGCUGCUGCUCUACAAGCGUUCAAAGCGGAGGUGAAUCUGCCCAUAUCCAAGGACCUGCAGCCACGCUACCUGCAGGAGAGCACCAAGUCGCGGUUGACCUACUGGGAGGAGGGCCGCCCCAUCUUCCGCGUGCGCACGCGCCUGUUCUCCUCACUCCUCCCACUCUCCGACCGCCUGAGAGACUUCUUCCACCAGUUCGACCGCCACAUGCUGGAGGCGCCUCUGCCCCGAGAGGACCUCUUAGAGGCAAUCAACGCGCUCAAGACGGUGGACGUGGUGGUGCUCAUGCAGUUCCUCUACCCGCUGCUCAACAUGCUGCUCUGCAUGAUCGGGAAUGGCGUGGAGACGCUGCAGGUGGCCGCCUUUCGAGCCAUGGUCAACAUCGUCUCCAGAGUGCAGCUGGAGGUGGCACCGCAGACUGGCUCAACCCCCAUGGAGCGCUGUCGCUUCCUCGUGCACUUUGUCGACUUCAUCUUUGACGAUCUCGGUCGCAACCAGCCGCCCGUGUACCCCGGGCUCAGCAACGUGUGGCGUAGCCUCGCCCGCAGCAAGUCGCGAGGGUUCCGAGUGGGGCCGGUGUAUGCGGAGGCGCUGCAGAUGGCGUGGUUUGUGCUGGAGCUCAUCGUUAAGUCCAUGGACCUGGAACUGGCCCAGGUGCCGCAAGGGGAUGAGAUCGCACGUCUAAGGCUAGAGGACGAGGUGUUUCUGUGCAUCCGACAGCUCUUUGAGUGUCUGCUGGCCGAGGUGCACGAGAAGGCAGUCUCAGACCCGCCCCUGGCCAAGAGCCUCAGCUCCUCCAUCUCCUUCUUCUGCUACGACCUCAUCUCUGUCGUGGAUCCGCCGCAAGUCUUUGAGCUGGUCGGCCUCUUCCUCUCGCAGUUUGUGGGAGUAUGUCCGCCCAUGCAGCACAUGUUCAAGCUGCACUUCCUCCGCAUUGUCUGCGACCAUGACCUCUACAUCGAGACUCCCGGGCGGGGACCCACAGAGAAGAAUUAUCUGACCACAGUGCUGCUCAAGGACCUCUUUGUGAGCCUCGACCACGAGGACCCCAGUCAGCGAUCGCUGGCUGCGCGCAUGCUGGCCUUCCAGGUGGCGAAGCACGAGUACGAUGCGCGGUACCAGCAGCCGGAGCUGAAGCUGUACAUCGCGCAGCUCUACAUGCCCAUCGUCAACAUGAUCCUGGAUGAGGUCGAGACGUUCCACACUCUAGGGGUCAUUCAGAGGAGGCAGAUCCUGGUGGUGAUGCUCACAGUGGCGAGGAAUCUGGACAAUGAGACGCUGCUCAAGGCGUGGAAGCAGAGCGACGUGCGCACUCGCCUCUUCUUCACGCUCCUGCAGCAGGCCCUCGUGCUCUUCCAGCACCCGCCCCAGCUGACAGCUGGCAGCAAGCCCCGCCCCGCCGCCACCAAAUCCAGCCCCGCCACGUCAGCACCUGCCGACGCCACGCUGGCAGUGGAGCCUCCACCAAUCCCAAUGUACUCGGACCGAGUCUCCCUGGCAACCAAUGACCAGCUGGAUGAGAUGGCCCGGGCAGAUCCCAAGGCCUUGCUCGAGAGGGAGCAGAUAAUCCGAAAGGUUACGGGCGGCGCAGUGUCGGGCGGCAAGGGGUCGGCGGUUUCGCUCAGGGACGUGCUCGCGCGGUCAAGAAUACCGCCCAAAGAUGCCAUGGCGCUGAUGAGACAAAAUUUGCCGCCCAGCGCUUCUGCGAAGCUGUUAACAUGGGAAGCCAGUGUAGCGGCAUGGUGUGCGGUGCAGGUGCUGGAGGUGGUGGAGAAGUUCAGCGACAUGGCUGCUGAUGGGCUCGUUGCCACCGACUACCAAACCAUGGACUGCCUCACUGGCCCGCUCUCCGUCAUGCUCGCCCUGCCGCAGCCCAUGAGCUUCUGGGAGCCCUUCGUCCCAGCCUUUGCUGAAAUGCUGCGCCUGCACGGCAAGGCCAUGCUCGAUGGGCCACCCUCUGCUGCUGCAGCUGACACUGCUGACAGUGGCGGGGGCGGCGGGGCGGCAGCUAAGGGAGGCGAUGUGCUGCUCAAGGGCCUCUUUGGCAGCCUGCUGAGGCAGAUGGCCCUCCGCCCCGAGUUCAUCAGAAAGAGAGCGCUGCUCUGCCUGCUACUGCUCCUGCGCAACGCCCUGCUGCACAUGAAGGACGUGGAGCGCCUCAGAGUCAUCCUCACAGUCGCUCUCUCUGAAGUGCUCUCCCACAUGCGCCUCCUGCACGCGCCCUCGCCCUCCCCUGCCCCCGCCUCUCGCUCCUCCAGUGCCUCUAGCAUCGCUUCUGCUGCUGGCGGUGCGGGUGGGGGUGCUGGGGAACUCGUAGAGUCCGCAGAGGUUGAGAAGCUGAGGCUUUCGCUGGAAGAGCUUGGGACGGAGGAUAAGUGGUUUCAGCUGCUGGAUGAGUGUGGGUUACCAUCGAUCUGCCUUGAGAUUGUGGUGGAGGAGGAUGAGGAGAAGGAGGAGGAGGAGGAUGAGGAGGACGAGGAGGAGGAGUAUGAGGAGUGGGAUGAAGGGGGGAGUGUGAUGGUGGGGAGGAGGCGGAAGAGGGAGAGGGACAGGUGGACGUGGGCGAAUGUGGAGGAGACUCAAGAUAUGCUGCUCACGGUGGUGGAUGCGGCAUCACAGCACGAGCAACUGAUGGAGGGGCUGAAAACAUCCAACGACAAGUACGCCAUAGUGGAGAGCUACUACAUCCUGGCACAGGCAUAUGGGCACGUGCCCGACCUCUACAUCAUGUGGAUGCUGCACCUAUGUGACGCGCACCAGGAGAUGAACCAGUGGGCCGAGGCCGCCCAAUGUGCCGUGUCCGUGGCUGGCAUUGUCAUUCGGGGGUUGCAAAUCGCGUCGGAGGAACCUGUGUGGGACGAGGAGCAUCUGGAGGUGCUCUGGAGCAUCUGCCCUUUGGCCCGCCACCAGUGGCGCGCGCGGGCCUUCUCGUCCCAAUCCGGGUUUGGGGCGGCGCGGGUGACGGUGGAGGGGGCGGUGCAGCACGUGGCGAGGGCGAGCAACCUGUUCUACAAGGCGGAGCUCUUCCACUUCUGCGCGCUCAUGCUCUCCCUGCUGCUGCCGCUGCACCGCUCCCGCCACGACUACAAGCAGCUGACCAAGACGCACAACAAGAUAGCGUCCAUCUAUGAGAACGUGGAGCAGCAGGAGACGAGUCCCAUCCCCUUCAAGGACGCUUGCUACUAUCGAGUCGGCUUCUAUGGGGAACGUUUCCGAUACAUCGAUGGCAGGGAGUUCAUCUACCGAGAGCCGAGAGACGUCCGCCUAGGAGACAUAAUGGAGAAGCUGAAAGCACUCUAUGAUGCACGCUCGCCUGAUGAGGAACCUCUUCAGAUCAUCCAAGACUCACGCCAAGUAGACCCUGCCGCCCUCAAGCCGAACCUAGUCUAUAUGCAGAUCACCGCCGUCGAACCUGUGGUAGGUGCGGGGGAGGAUCGGUGGCUCGGCAGAUCUCUCGAGCCUUCGAUUGCCGGGACUCCAACGUUCAGUUGUUUCUUUUUUGACACGCCGUUUACGCCGAAUGGGAAGCAGCAAGGGAAGAUGGAGGAUCAGUGGAAGAGACGAACGCUGCUGUACACGCAGAGCACGCUGCCGAGCCUGAUUAGCCGGCAGCCGGUGGUUCGGUCGGAGGUUCGGGAGUACUCCCCGAUCCAGUGCGCUGUGGAGAUUAUUGAGUCGCGGUCGUUUGCGCUAGAAGCCGAAAUGGCCAGCCAGUUGGGGGAUUCUGGGGCGGCAGGGGCGGCGGGAGGCCCGGCGGGGAAGAAAGACCCGGCAGCAGUUGUAGCGGCAGCAAUGGCAGCAGGUUCGGGCCCGCUACAGCUGCCGCGGUUACAAACGCUGCAGCGGUUACUGCAGGGGAGUGUGGCGUUGCAGGUUAACAGUGGAGUGCUGGGAGUGUGUAUGGCGUUUUACCAGGCGAAUCCCCAGGGGGCUAAUCCGAGGGCCAAGGAUCCGGAAAAGUUACAGCCGUCGGAACUUGAGAUGUUGACGUCUGCGAUUGUGCGGUUCGUGGUGGUGUGUAAGCGGGCGGUGGUGGUGCAUGGGAGGGCGGUGACUGAGGAGGAUAGGGAUUUCCAGGAGCAGCUGGAACAGAGCUUAGAAGACCUGGAGAAGGAAAUUUCAGCUUUUAUUCCAGGCCUAAGGAAACGAGCAUCGGCUUACUGA